GGCCCAUUCCCACCAUAGCCGUGGGCUGUGCCCUCCCGUACGCGCCGCCGCCGUCGUCGUAGUCAUCGGGGUCAGCGCUGGCCUUCAGUGUCGUCCGUCUUAUCGACAUCUCUUCAUCCGCACCGUAUUCGAUCGUCUAAUCGCUGGAGCAUCUUCUGCCCUCUUCUUCGUGAUCGAGAUCGCUGACAGCGGGCCACGUGGGGCGACUGGGGUCGGUGGCGCGAGAACCAUCGCUCCGGCUUCGGCAGAAAUUCUCUCUCGGCUGGACUCAAGCCAAUCUGUCAAUCCUGAGGAUUCCUUUCGUCGCCGCAUUUGGACAAAGUUCAACGAGAGCGGGACGAGGGAAAAGAGGUAGCAACAGUGCAAGGGCGGUCUCCCCCCCCAGGUUUGGUCUCUCGAGCUGUGCGCCGUAGGGUUCGAGCGCGAGCCAGGGGAAGAAGGCGCAAGAAGGGAAGGGGCAGGGGCUGUCACGACGUGUUUGCUAAGGGCAAAGGCGGUGGCUGAGUUUGAUUGGAGUGGAGGUGGAAAAUAUUGAUACUAUCGGGGACGGACGGCAAAGCUGACGGGGGAGAGGGAGGGAAGUGCUGGUAGUGUGGAAUCGUCUUUCGUGGGGGGACAGAGAGAACAUUGAGAGGCCGAGAGCUCUUCCCGCUUUUGUUCAUUCUUCUCCGCUUCUUCUGUACAAGAACACGACUCCCCUCUCUCUGGUCGAAUAAGCUAUACAACGCAUAGCACUGCCGAUCACUCCCCUCUCUGCUCGGGGUCUCUACUUGUUUGCGCCCUCUCUUGCUUAUCAACGUUAUCUUCCCUCCCCAUUCCCAUUUCCCGUCGCCCCUUCCUCUUUCUUACCCACUUUCCUCUUCUUUCCUUCCCUUCUUUGCCCUAGCGACUCGUCUUUCCCGGUUCCUCGGCUCGUCUUCUCCCCUGUUCUUCAUCCCCUUCUCCUUCUUCACCUUAGCUUUCUCUCUUCGUAGCUCAUUUCUAGUCUCGUCUAACCCUCCCCCCCUCUCCCCCUCCCUCCCCCCCCCCCCCCCCCCCCCCCCCCCCCCCCCCCCCCCCCCCCCCCCCCCCCCCCCCCCCCCCCCCCCUCCCCCUCUCUCCCUUCCCCUUCUGGUUUUACUUAUAAUUUGUGCUUGUUCGUCUGUCCUGGUCGCCUGUUAUCUCUUUCCUUUUAGCCGUCUUCUUUCUUCCUCCGAUCACUGUUUUGUUCUUUCGUUUUGUUUUUCUUCUUUUUGGCUCUUUUUGUUCUCCUGCCAUCACCGACUUUGAGGAUUUUCCUGCCUCGUUGUUCAUUAUCUUUCGUCCUUCUCUUUACCUGCUUAUCCUUCUGCCAUUCCUCCUUCCUCUUCGAGCAUUAUUUCCAUUGAUUGAUUGAUUGGGAUGCGCUUUACUUAACUGCUCAGCCGUCGUUUUAUCCCCUACUGGCGUGUCUCUAGGUAAUUCUCUCCGGGUUGUCAUUGUCAAUCAGCUCCACUGUUCACUUGCAUCUCUUUCUUGUUGCUGUGGUGAAGAAGUCGCUGAAGCUUCGUUCCCGUCCCGCUUUUGUAGUUUCUUGGUCAGUAACUAGCUUUCUCUCGUUGCCUUCGCUGUUCCCUCAUCAUCAGUAAUCAGUCAUCGCUGUUGUAGUUUUUAGCACCAUAGUGUUCGCCGCACUACAUCUGCAGCAGCUCAUCACUCCGUUCUUGUAGAUUUCGGUGUUUGGUUUGCAGUUUGUUCCUUGCAUCAUCAUCUUCUGUGGUGGCUCUGUGAUCGUUCUUUCGAGUAGAGCACUCCUUGCAGUCUGUAUUGUGUUUUCGGUCUUGUAAUCCAUUCUCUCGCUUCUCGUUUCUGUUCGUCCUCUUGACUUCUGUGUCAUAACGUACGGAGCUGCUGCCGGUGGCACCAGCGAGGGGCCUCCAUUCCUUUCUCUUAUAACGUGAAGGAGUCCAUUCGUCUUCUGCUUUUGCUUGGCUCAGGCUUUUCCUGCUAAGGGGCGGGCGCGUAGUUUAGAGCUACGCAACUAAAGCCGUGCCUGCCAGGAGGGUAGCUGUUGUGGUCCCCCCCUCGAAGAUUGUAUACAUUCAAGAAAAGGAAGGAAGCUUGGGCGCAGGACCGCGCGUCGCCGCGUUCUCUCGCGGGAUUGUUUGCUGAGAGAAACAGGAUCGCCACGCCACUUUGUCACUUGUUCUACUGCUAUUACAUCGCUUCUAUUUAAGGGUUGAUCGGGAGAGAGGGAGGGGACGAGAGAACGAGUUCCCUCUUGAAGAUGUCGAGGAGGAAGUCCUCUUCUCGCCAGGCAAUGACCUUGAAAGAUUUCCAUGGGGGGUCGAUCCCAUCGGAGUUUCCACUUCCGUCCGCGCCAGGAAUGUCUGUUGAUCACGGCGCGCUUCGUGGAGGCAGCUCUGGCGGCAGCACCGUAUACUCGUACACCGGUGAUCGAGGACGCUAUAGCCGACCUGCCGGUUUAGGCAUGGGUAUGGUUAAUGGAAUGCGCCCCUUCAAUCAGCUUGACAGGAGUAGCUACGUACCGAAUAUGGCGAAUAUCGGCAGGAACUAUGACGAGGACGAGCGCAAGCCUGUGGAUGCGACUAGCGGUGGGCGGCCACGCAGUGGCCCUGGCGGCGGUUACUCUGAGCGGUACUUAUCUGACCGUUAUUCUGAUCGCUACGAGGAGUUCGAAAGCAGCAGCACCAGGUACGAUGACCGCAGGCAGCCCCUGCAGCAGCAACAGCGGUGGGGGGCGUCGUCUUUCAAGCCUGGCGGUCGCGACGAAGCGUACAGUGAAACAACGGAACAGCAGCAGCAGUCGACGUAUGGGAACGGUUCCAGAGCCCCUGACGAGAGGGGGGAGAUGGGCGGUUCUGGUGGGGACAGAGUACCGCCGCCGUCGGCAGCCGGGGGCGGAGAGCAGGGCGCAGUGCGAGGACCUCCUCCCGCGGUAGCGCCGACUUAUGAGAGCGAGUCGUAUCGGCGAACGGACGACUAUUCGUAUGGUGGCAGCAGAGGUGGUGGUCCAGGCGGCGCGUACGCGAAGACCCCAACGCCGGCCGAGCAGCAGCCGCUUUCAUCGGGUGGUCAGUAUUUGCCGACGAGUGGAUAUGGUCAACAGGCAGGAGGUUACGGCGGCUCCUCAGGUCGUUACGUCGAUGAGAGGCAGUUGAGUGCUGGCUCUUCCUGGCGGGACAGGGAGAGGGAGAGGGAGAGGGAGAGUUUCGUCGGCGAAAGGGAGAGGGAAAGGGAGAGGGAGAGUUUCGUCAGUGAAAGGGAGAGAGAAAGGGAGAGGGAAAGGGAGAGGGAAAGGGAGAGGGAGAGUUUCGUCAGUGAAAGGGAGAGGGAGAGGGAGAGGGAACGGGAGAGGGAGAGGGAGAGGGAAAGGGAGAGGGAGAGGGAGAGGGAAAGGGAGGGUUACGCUAGCGAGAGAGGACGGCAGUCGCCGCCCGAAGUAGGUGGCUACGAUCAGCAGCCACAGCCACAGGCGCAGCCACAGCCACCUUCCAGGGGAUUGCCCUACGAUGGCCCUAGUCGUUACGACCAGGGGCGGUCGUAUGAGCCUGUGCGUAACGAAGUGGUUUAUACACCUCCGGAAGGGGGGGCACGAGACGGAGCUGGGGCACGGCGGGUUGCGUAUUCUCCCCCGGAAGGCGGGCCAAGAGACGGGUCUGUAGCGCGCGCCGUGCCGUCCGCGCCGCCUCCAUCCACGACUCCCCCGCCAAUCGCUGGCGCAUCGCCUGGUGGCCGUGCCUUGCCUGGGAUCAUCAGGUCAGAGGAUGGGGAAAGGCCGAAGCUGAACCUGUUGCCGCGGUCGCAGCCUCUGCCCAGCGACUCCGCUCCCGCACCUGUCAGUGUAGGGAUGGCGCUGGAACGCACAUCCGACCUGGAGCGAUCGGCGGGACCGGAACGCUCCCAAAUGGGACCGGAUCGCUCCCAAAUGGGACCGGAUCGCUCCCUGGGAGUGGAACCGAAGAGAGAUGCCCCGGUGGAAAGGCAGGUGGAAAGGCAGGUGGUGGAAAGGCAGGUGGAAAGGCAGGUGGUGGAAAGGCAGGUGGAAAGGCAGGUGGAAAGGCAGGUGGAAAGGCAGGUGGAAAGGCAGGUGGAAAGUUCUGAGUCACGGCGUCAGUAUGUGUCUGCAUCGGAGCAGACUCGGACUAGUUCCCUGUCGGACAGGCAUCCUUCGGAGGGCAACGUCACUGACAGUCUGUCUGUUGGUGCUGGAAGCGAUGUUUCUGGCCCUAGCAGUAACAGACCCCCGGAGGGAGAGCGUUUGAGGCCUAAACUGAAUCUCUUGCCUCGUUCGAAGCCUUAUCAGCCGGCAUCAGCGGAUGGUGCGGAGAGCAGCAGGCAAACUGUAUUUGGUGGAGCACGUCCUCGUGAAGUGGUCCUGAAGGAUCGAGGCGUGGAUGAUGUGGAAGUGCUGGAUUCGACAAUAGGUGCUCCAAGUGCUGCUGCACCAGCACGGCCGCCAGCGAGGGAGAGUGAUCGGCAGGAAAACUGGCGACGACCAGCAACUGAGAGCGCUGUACCACCUGGUCCGGCAGUGCCAAAGGGAAGCAAUGGAAGCCCUGCGCCUGUCGUCCAGGUUCAGUCAUCCCUGGUGGAUCCCCCGAGGAGCUCUACCCGGGACAGCCGCUAUGGAUACACUUCGGCAGCUUCGUCCCUUCAACUUGCGGAGGCAUUCUCGCGGUCAACGUCUCUCAGCUCGGUGGGAACUCGUGCGGUCCUAAGCAGUGGGCCCAGUCGAAGUGGUGCUCGUUCUGGGAGUCCGUUUGCAGCAGGACCUACACCCCCAUCUCAAUGGGGUCCGCCACCAAGUGGUGCUCAUGGAGGUGGCCGGAGCCCAUAUGGAGCAGGUGGAACGGGGAAUUACGGGAGUAACCCGGACACACCAUUUUCCCGACUUGCCGAAGGCCCUCAGCAGCAGCAGCAGCAGCAGCAUCUUGGUAGAACUGCAAGUUUACCAGUUCCAACCUAUGGCAGUGCUGUUAUGGGAGGGACGAAGCAGGAACGUUCAGACAAUGGAUUUGGUAGAACUAGUAACUACAGCGGGCGGCCUCUGACUGGGCCCAGCAAAAUUGAUGGCACUUGGGGACCAAAAGAUGCUGGAGGUAAUCCGUUCCCGGGGAAAAGGGUACUCCCUCUGCGACGUGAAGAUGGGUAUUAGCAAGUCCCAGAGAUCAUGUAUCGAUUGCCUGCCUGGACAGACUUCUUGCGUUGUGCAAAUGGUGACUCACCGGUGGUAAUGAUGGUGUGAUAAGUGAAUCAUGCUUGCCAAAGAUGUUGCAUGGGUCUGAUGCAGAAGGCAGGCAGUAAUUAUGUUGGAUAGUGUGGGUGCCGCUGCUAGUCUGCAAGGUUGCUCGAAUGGCUGUGUGGUGGUGCAGAGAGUAAAAGCGUGCGCCAGUUCUAGUGCAAUGGCGACAACCUGGUGCUCGAUUCUCGAGAAAGGGGAGCGUCUUCACUCUGCCGACGGUGUGGUAGUUCGUUCACCCAUCCACUGAAUGAUUGUCUUGGCAGGGUCUACAUGAGAGUUAACUUUGUGGUGGUGGUCGAUGCAAGCGGCACGUGACAGGUUUUCGUUUGAAGAUGGUACGGAAAAGAGAUUGGAUGAAGUAGCUGCAUGUGUGGCGGACCACGCAGUCUGUGGCAUUGUCAGAUAUGUUAAGCAGUGCUGGUCUCUGCUUAUUGUAAUGCUGACGUCAGAAGUGGCCAGCUCUUCAAGUGCGUUGUAGGACAUGCUGGACGUUUGUGAGGAUGAUCGAUUCCUCUUGCCAACCCUUCUAACCCCUUCUAUUCCAGGAUUUUCUGCUUCACUCUUCCCUUCCCACUGUGCUCUCUUCUCUUUCGUAACUCUUUCCUGCUUCGGGUUUUCGUUGGGCCGCUGGUGAAUCGUCUACUCCAAUGUUUAACUGGUCUUCCAUACUUGGAUCGUUACAUAGUUGCAAGGCACCUGUCUUGGUAUUCGACAUCCGUCCGUUAUAUUAAAACCCCCUCCCUGUGCUUUUUGCUCCACCGCUGUUCUUGGGACGCUAAGAUUUCCUCGUUUCAGCUCGGGAAGUUGUUUGGUAUGGGGUGGGGGCAUCCAUCUCCACUUCGUCGAGCUUGAUUAUCUCGCGACUCUAGUAAAAUCUGGUUGCUGCUGUGCGAUGUGAAGGUGCAUCAUGCAAGCUCCCCAUCAGAGAACCGACUUUCAUGGAGUGGGUAUACCCGAAAGUGGUGAGGCCGAGGAGGUAGCAAGGUGUACGUGCUGAGGGAUUACUAGUCUUUGUUGGAUGAAAGUGGAUGUUGUUUAAGGGACCACCGUCUCAUGGGUUCAGGGUCAGUGAGGGGACAGUCGACAGUCUAAUGUGUGAUGCAGCGGUGGGAGAGUGGUGGGAAGGGGGAGGGGUAAAGGGAGGGAGGGGGUGGAGGGAGGGGAGGCAGGAAGUGGGAUAAUGUGCUGGACAAGAUGGGUUGUCGCACUUUGAGAUUCUGCGUGAAUGUGUCUCCAUGCUGAGUGUUUGCUUUCGGAGGCUGCCAUGUACCGAGUUGAUUGCGGUCGUGUUGGGUGGAACUGUUUUCCAAUGAGUUGAAGAAGAGGAAAAUCAUUUGUCUGUUUCCUGAUAAGUACAUGCCCAGCGCGAUGGAUUGUGAGUGUUACGGAUCUGGUGUGAAGUGGUGUGCCAUCUGUGUAUGAAGCGAGUUCAUGCGGAUUUUGCAGUGGCUCUCCACCUGUUUGAAGGCCUCUUACCACGGUCUUGGUUUUCAUGAGGGGAAGACCUUUUGAGGUUUCUAAGAAGGCACUGGAAAGGAGUGCUUGGACUCUUAAGGUAGAGGGAAAGGGCAUGCUGAGACACAAGGAUGUCGGGAGGGUGAUGAAGUGCGGAAGGGUUUGUGCUCGUCAGAGAGAUGCAAUUUUUCAAUAUGCAAACUUUCUUACAUCAUCUUGGCUCUUAUGUUUGUCAUUCCAAUU